AUGAAUUUUUCGGAGCAAAGUGGUAUUCAAGGAUUACCACAGUUUUCGGAAAUAACAUCACGAGCGAAUUUUAUAUCAAGUUCUAAUUUUACAACGACUUCGGCUCAGUUACUUGGUGUUCAGAGUUCUGUUUACACAACUACGACAUCGAGUGAUUCAGGAAAACAAAAUAUUUUGACAAACCAUGCCAAUAAAUAUCCAGGGUCAUUAUUAUGGUCAAACUCAAACGCUCUGAUGCAGUUGUGCGAAAAGCAAGCUCUCCAAACAAUAAACAUUCCGAAUUAUAGUCAAAAUAAUUCACUGCUUAGUGUUGGUGGUACGUUGUCGAACAGUUUACCGGUGAGAUUAUUACCAAAUAUGUAUUUGCCCACAACAUCGCAACCUGAUACCACAGUAAAUGUUAAACAAGAAGAUGUGAAUGGUGAUGCAAGCAACGCCAAUAUCAGUAAUAAUGACCAACCGCACAGUAUGCAACAGCUGCAAAAUGCAGCUAUGGCAGAGUAUUUUCAAAAAUUACAAGCUGGUAAACUACCACUGGCUACACUGCAGCAAUUAAUUAAAAUACAGUCCGAGCCUAUGAAAAAAGACAAAUCAAAUGAUAUUGAGGAAGAAAGAAGUGAACAACCGCAAAACAAUAUUCUCAAUAUCCCGUGUGUUCCAGGUUUUCGUAACAAUUUACAGAAUGGAAAUCCAUAUUUAAAUUUAGAUCAACUGGCGGGAAGUAUUAAUCCAACCGACUUGAAUAUUCAUAUUGAGACUGAUCCAAUGACCAGCAGUAGUAGUAGUAGUACUGCAACAGCGGUACAACCGCCUAUGAAAGUUGAACAGCAAAUUCAAACAGAUUCACCUAAAACUGAACGUAAAACUAAAUUUCGUGCUAAACUCGGUGAAAUUAAAAUUGCAACAUCUAUUGACGGUUCUCUUCUUUACUGUUGUCCUGAAUGUAAUAUGUUUUUUCAAGAAAAAUUGGAUAUUGAUCAACAUAUUCAAAUUCAUCUUCAGGAACGUAAAUAUCAAUGCAAAGAGUGUGGUGCAAUGCUAAAAAGAAAAGAACAUUUAGACCAGCACAUGCGAGGUCACUCGGACGAAAGACCAUUCAAGUGUCUGGUCUGUCAGAAAGCAUUUAAACGAAAUGAGCAUUUAACGAGGCACUUUGUGAUCCACUCAGGAGAUAAAAAUUUCACGUGUAACAUUUGCCAGAAAGCAUUUUCGCGCAAGGACCAUUUAAAUAAGCACACACAAACACAUUUGGGCAUCAGGCGCGGAAAGAGUAAAAAAGAUGCAGUGCCGAUUGAAGUGAAAGAAACCAUCGAUCCAGUCGGGGAUGCUUUAAAGCAUGAUUUGAGCUAUAUAUUGAAAGAUGGAACAUUUAUCAAACAAGAGCCGGCCUCUUUCUUGCAACAUAUACAAAAUUUACACAAAGAUCAGCAAUUGAGUCAAACUUUUUCCGCAUACAAAGAACAAGCUUUAAAGGAAAACGGCAUUCAUCAACAACCGGCUGUAAAUAUGAAUGAAAUUUUACCUCAAAAUACGAGGUAUUUAAUGCCGUCUUAG